CACACUCCGACCGGAAGCAGAACUUUUGUUCUGAGCCGCUCUCAGCUCCGGUGCGUGCCCAGGUGAGGAGAGGAAUGGGCUCGAAGGCCAAGAAGCGCGUGGUGCUGCCCACUCGCCCGGCGCCCCCCACGACGGAGCAGAUCCUGGAGGACGUGCGGGGUGCGCCCGCCGAGGACCCAGUCUUCACUGCCCUGACCCCGGAAGACUCCCCAGGCUCCUCCCGGAGGGCUGAGAAUCCUGAGGCCCAGCGGGAGCAGCUCUACCAGCAGAGCCGGGCCUAUGUGGCCACCAACCAGCGGCUGAGACAAGCAGGUGAUGAGCUAAGACGAAGGUGUGAGGACCUUCGGCAAGCUGGCCAGGAGCUGGAGCAGGACGUCGUCCAGGUGAAGCAGGUGGCACUGUCAGGGGCCUCAACCACCUUCUCAGGCUGAACUGACCCUUGGGCUCGCCUGAGCAUGCAGUCCCUGGAUAGUGCACCCCAUGGCCUCCUGUCACAUCGACAUGGGCCCGUGGGUCCCAGAAGCAGAUUCUGGGCUCUCUAUUUCAUGGCUAAGCCUGCCUUGGUAUCCAGAGACCCCAGGGGACAGAGCCUGCCCGGUGUGUGGUUGCAGCAGGAACAGUGGAGAGUGAGGGGCACACCUGCCUCAGCCGGGCACAGGCCCGUUACCGAGGGUCAGGACAGGCUUUGUGGAUGCCACUCACCCGCAGGCUUCUCUUCUGGGGCCUGAUUGCCGUCAGCCUGGACUUGGUUUGGGGCUUCAGGACCCAUCCUCCCUUCCCUUCCUUUGGUAACCCUGCUUCACUGAUCACCCAUUAAACUGAGCCUGUCUC